AUGGCGCUAUCACCGCCGCCGCUGCCUUCGCGAUUUCCGUGCUGGUGCAGGGCCAUCUAUUCUUGGGGAGGCGAGUCAAAACACGACCUGGGAUUCAUCGAGGGCGACUUGAUAGAGUGUUUGAACGCAGGAGACGGCUCGUGGUGGGUUGGCAGGCUAUUUCGAGAUCGGAGGACUGUUGGCUCUUUUCCGUCCAACUUCGUCGAGGUACUACCAGAAGACUUUCGGCCAACCAAAACACCGAGUCCCAUACCGCCGACAGCAUCCCCAUCCAAGUCGGUGCCGCAAAAGUCAAGGACGUUCCGAAAACCAUUCGAAGCUUAUGCCAAGGCGCCGCAUUAUACCACAGCAAAACAGCCAGAAACGUUUCGGGAGACGCCGACGUCGCGUGCAAAAGAGAGGCCGUCUCGGGUGGGAACGACGACAUCACGAUCAAGAGGGAACUCGACGCCGAUCCCUAGCUCUGCGCUCGUCCUUGCAAGAAGUGCUCACGAAGAUAUUGCUCGCGCUCCCACCCCAUCUCACUCCCCAGCAAAUGCCUAUAUAUCGAGAGCCCCUUCACCAGCGCCAUCCGCCGGCCGUCCGCCGAGCCGGAUGGACGAUAUGGCAAGAGGCGCCUCUCCACCGCCUCCGGCACCACCUCCUCACCGGCACGUUGCACGGGCGGAUUCCGAUGGAGCGGCCCAAGGCUAUCACGCAUUGUCGAGGCACAGCUCAACUGUGUCGUACAAUCAACAUAGCCUAUCAAGACAAGGCUCAACCGUCUCGUACAACCCGGCCGACAUAGCAAGGACAGGCUCUACCGUUUCUUAUAACCCGGCAGAUUUAACAAGAACAGGCUCUACUGUUUCCUAUAAUCCCGCCGAUAUAACGAGAACGGGCUCCACCGUUUCUUACAACCCGGCGGACAUCAUGCGCUCUACCGUCUCUUACAAUGGGCCGGAAGUCUCGAGGUCGUACGAGCCAUACAGCCCACCUCGUCAUCCCUCCAAUGGCUCUUACACCGAUCUUCCUAAUCUGGCAAGGCAGACAUCAUACAAUUCCUACGACGAUGCUAGCUACGGGGCCCGGCGCGACGGAUAUCACACACCCAAGGGCACAGGUUCUCAUCGACCGUCAAUGGAGGGCAGCCACAUGACGCCGUCGCCGCUGCGCGAGGCGAUGGACGGCGUGAUGCAGCAGCUUGAUCGCUUGGAAGGCUUGGGUGGGCGGGAGGCGCAAUCGCCAGAGGGGUCGUUUGAUCCUUGGUCCCCCGAGUCUUUCGACCUGGUGGCACCGCAGCAGAGGCAAAAGCAGCGGGAGCGCAUGCGGCCUCUGACAUCAAUGGGCAUAGCUUUGGACGAGGGAUACGAGACAUGGAGCGGAACCUCUUCGCAGAACACCUCACACCAGGACGCACAUCGCGAAAAGGGCUACGACCUGCCCCAGCUGAGCAACUACGUGGAAAGGAUGGAGAAGCAGAUCCAGAGAAUGCACCAACACAGCCAGAGCAUGCCGGCGGUGGUGGACGUGGAUGAUGACAAGCCUCCGCCACCGCCGCCCAAGGGGCAGCACUACCUGCGCCCAAAGUCAUCCGCAGGGUCAACACUUGGAGAGCUGAUAUCCUUGGACAAGAGGUCGCGAGGUCGCAUCGAGCGCACGAACACUACGAAGACGACCCAGACGAACGCUUCUACCGGCAAUCAGAGCAACAGCAGCAGCUCGACGCAGAACAGCAACAGGACCCUCUGGAGCGGCGUCUCUGCCAGUGCGUUUAGUGCAACCAGCGCUGGAAGCUUGGCCCGAUCAGGCCAACGUACUCAGAGCUCGCUGAGCGCACGGAACGACGAGGGAGACCGGCCAGACUCGCCAUUCACAGGCGUUACCUACCACAGCAGUCAUGCCAGCAAUUAUGCCGGAGGCGGGAGCGGAAGUGGGAGCUCUCGGCCAAUCUCCCACGUCGGCCUCCUCGAGGAUGGAGCCCCCGGUCUAGGCGGACUUGUAGCACCUAAAUCGCCGAAAAGAAACAUUUUCAAAAAGAUACUGGAAUCGGCCAAGACGGGCGUCGCCAGCAACCGCGGUAGUAUCGCUGCCGGCCAUGUGCCCACCGUGAGAUCUUCGCCAUUUUCCCGCCUGCAGCAGCCGCACAGUGUCACCCCCGGGGCAAGCAUGCUUUCGCUGAGCGGCGCUCGCUCUAGGCGCGAUGCCGCCCGGGAGAUGGGCCAGAGCUCCGGCGUCGACUGGGUUCAGGUCCGUCGAGAUGUCAACCGCUCCAACUCAAUCAGCAAGAUUGAGCGGACCGAGCGCAGGGACCGCUGCCAGAUGCAGGACCAUCCCACCCUCAAUCCCGUUGAUGAGCUCUAUGAGGGAAUCGAAGGCGACGAAGGGGCGGACGGCAUGCCGGUCCACAAACCGGAGAAUUACCACAUGAUCAACCUCGCCCAGGUGGACAAGAACACCCGCUACAUCAAGGAGCCGCCUCCGGGCACGACGGUGACGACGCUGGCACAGACAUACAUCUGCAGGCCCUACAGGAGCGAUCUGCAGCGCCUCCGCGCGAUCUUCACAUGGGUCGCCGAGAGGAUCUGCUGGGAGGAAGAUUUCGAAGGCGACGCCGACACCCAACGAACUAUCCAGGCAAAGAGGGGCUGCGCAGAAGAAUAUGCCUAUCUCGUCAUGGAAAUGUGCGCUGCCGUCGGGAUUCACUGCGAGGUCGUCAGGGGCUACCUAAAGGCCCCCGGCGACAUAGCAGACCUCCACGUGAUGCCCAGAUCCAACCACUGGUGGAACGCAGUCAUUGUUGACGAUGAGUGGCGCAUGAUCGACACCUGCCUGGCAAGCCCCUCGAACCCCAAGCGAGCGCUGUACUCCAGCUUAACCGGGUCAUCGGCCGACUUUUGGUGGUUCCUCACACGACCGUCCGAGAUCUGCUGGACCCACGUGCCGGAGCAUCAUGACCAGCAACAUAUCGUGCCUCCUGUCGACUAUGAUACGCUGCUCAACCUGCCAUGUGCCUGCCCGGCGUACUUCAAGAAUUGCCUUGAGCUGGUCGACUAUAACACUAGUCUGACUAGGAUAGAAGAUCUUGAGAUGGUCCACAUCAAGCUCAACGUCCCCAGCGAUGUCGAGAUUGUGGCCGAGGUGGAAGCGCGCGCCUUGUCCAGAGAUCACGACGGCGACCUCUUUGAGAGCGGCGACGUUGUCAAGAAGAAGGCACUGGCUCAGGCCGAGUGGUUCAGCGGCGUCAAGCGAUACACCAUCAAGGCACUGCUCCCUGGCGACGAAGGCCAAGGCAUGCUAAAGGUCUACGCCGGCAAGAGGGGCCUGAUGCAGAGCAUAAAAGACAUUCCCCAUCCUUUAGCCUUUACUCUACCCAUCAUCCACGUUGGUGAGAAUCCACCCUACCAAUUCGUGACGCGACAUCCGACUCCUCAUGCGCAGCGGCACGAUAUCUACGUUGUCCAGCCUCAGUGUCAGCAGCUGGCCCUGAACAACACCUUUGUAUUCGCCAUCAGGCAGCACCCCAGCUCCCUUUCAAACGGAGCGCAGUCGGCUCUUACGCCGGCAUCGAAUCCUGGGUCAACAAGCCCAGUCCCCUUUGCUCGGCCGUCAUCUGCCAUGAGCGUCAACGCUUCUAGUGCGAGCGGCUCGAACCCCAGCUCGGCCAGCGGCACGGUUGCCGGAAAGAAGCCCGCCAAGCUGGCCAUCCAGACCCCUGGAGGCAAGAUCCUCCGUCUUAUGAGAAAGGAAGACCGCAAGGGCAUCAGCGUUGGCUCGAGGUCCCCAGACGAAGAGGUCAGCGAUGGUGGCACUUGGGAGACGAUCAUCAAGUGCUCUGAGAAGGGCGUCUGGAGAGGCCUGCAGCAUCACCAUCAUAACCAACUUCAUCAGCAGCAGCAGAUGUACGGGCAUCCGGCGGGCGGGUAUCACUUUCAGCAGCAGCAGAUACCGCAGCAGCAUCAGCAACAGGUGGCGGCGCUUCACCAUGGCCAGCAGUCCAUGUAUGCAGGCGCCAUGCCUCACCAGCAGCAGCAGCAACAGCAGCAGCAGCAGUUCUAUCACCAGAGCCCGCAGCCUCAGCACCAGCACGGCAUGUUCAUGACCUCGCAGCAGUUCCAGCAGCCAUACGCCAUUGGCUUCAACGGGUUUCCCGAGUACGAUGCGUCGGGCCAGUAUCUGCCGCCAAGCAGCGUCUGGCAGCAGCAGCAGCAGCAGCAACAGCAACAACAGCAGUUUCAGCAGCACCACCAGUCCAUGACAAACAUGACGCAGCCGCCGCCGCCGAUGCAGCACCAAGCCCUCACGCACCAGCCGCUACCGCAACAGCCUCCUCUACAGCAAGUCCACCAUGUCCAGCGCCAUCAGCCGUCUCCGAUAUACCACACCCAAACCCAUACGCCGUCGCCUGCGCCCUCGCUGCCACCGCAACCGUCGCCUAUGAGAAGUCAGGUAUCGGCGCCUCCACGACCGCAGCAUACACCUCAGCCGCCGCAGCACCUGUCACCCGCGCCGCACCUGUCACCCGCGCCGCACCUGUCACCCGCACCCGCACCUCAGCCGUCACCCGCGCCCCAGCUGUCACCAGCACCUCAACUGGCGCCGCAAGGACAACAGUCUCAGCAGCAACCGCAAGGAGAGCAGCGUCAUCAACCGUAUACGCCACCUCAGCAACCACAGCCGCCGCAGCGACUGCAGCCUCCCAUACCUCAACCUAUCCAGAACGCCGAGCAGCCGCAGAAGGACCUGCUUCCUGAACUACCCCAGCCGCCUCAACCGCCCCAACCACCUCAACAACCGCAAUAUGUACAUCCUUCAGAGCUCCAGCAAGAGCAGGUACACUACGUAAACCUGCAGGAUAUCCAGAAGCAGCCGCCGAUUACCUCCCUACCUAUACCAACGACGACGACCUCGACGGCGACACCCCUUGCGAUUCAAGAAAAGCGGAAGGAGUCUGUCUCCGUGAAGCCCAUAUAUCCCAGUACGAAUUCGAUCAAGCAGGAGAAGCACGAAGAUGAAUCGAUUGCGACUCGAGUGUUUCAACAGGUCCCCGACGCUCGCAUCAAGCCCAGCCCGCAUUCUUCAGUUACCAACUCGCCCUCGCUGUCCAUGAGGUCCCCCAGUAUCACCAAGAAGUCGCCUGCAAUUACACCCAAGCCGCGGCCUAUGAACCCGGUGCCCUACAUGAUCGCCGUAGCGGAGGAGUGCAUUGAAAAGGCGCGCAAUGCCUCGCACGAUGUGGCAAUGACUCUGUCUCCGAACCAAGUGGAAGAGUACCAAGGGCUGAUCGCGACGGCAUUGUCGUGUCUGGAGGCUGCGUUGCAGAGCAACAACCCACUUGCGCCGCGAGAAGAAGCGCGCGUACGGUUGAGGUACGCUGCUCUCUUGCAAGAAGAGACGGAGAACCUGAUGGAGGCGGAGACGGCUCUGGCAAAGGGUAUUACGCUGUGCGACAAGCACCGUAUGCUUGAUUUGAAGUAUUGCAUGCAGUAUCUCAUGCUCAAGGUCCUAUUCCAGAGGAAUCACAAAGCGGCAUUGAAAGCUAUAGAUGGCCACAUCUCUAAUUGCGAAGUGUUCAAGCAUGUUCCAUGGUACUAUGCGUUCCGCUUGUUAAAGGCCUCCUUUUACCUAGACACUGGGAGCGUAUCUGACGCGGGCGCCCUCGACAACAUACGAGCCAUCCAGAACGUCGCCAAUGCCAGGGGCGACAUCGCGCUGACCGUCUUCGCCUCGCUGAUAGAGGGUUUCACCCUCCUCAAGACGGCCAAAGACGGAAACAUGGAGAAGAUCCAGGCCUGCAUUGCGCAAGUGGCCAAGUACCAGUUCGACCCAUCGGUGCAGAUCACACAACUCACGAUGAUGACGAUGCUGCUCGAAGUUGCCGCAAGCCUGCACCACCAAAGCCCCGAUCAUACGGCGCAGAAGCUGCGACAGCUGCAGGUGUGUCUGGACGACUGUGAAGGGUGGCAUAACGUCAAGUCGGAUUUCAUGGUGCCCAUCAAGAAGGAGCCUUCGGCGGGCAGGACCGUGAGCGACGAUACGCAGGCCAUACUGCGGGUUGGUGAGGGCGAGGGCGAGAUGGAUUACCUCGUAAUGACUUUCAUGACCAAGAUGGAGUUGCGGUCGCUCGUGUUUACUAUCAGCGGCCUGGUCAACUUUCACAAGCCUUCCUCACAGGGUCGCAGGUCAACUGAAUUCUGGAAGGAAGGCUUAAAGAUUCUCGAAACAUGGGACGCCUCAACGGCCGGCAUACCAUACGGCGCCCCUGUUCCCCUAAAUGUGGCAAUCAAACAGCGGGCCUGGCGAAUAGAGGCACAGGCUUACUUGACUGUCCUCCUGGGGUUCGUAGCUGCCAGUCACUGCCAAUGGUCAACGGUCAAGCAGUUGCUUCAGAAUCUCGAGAACCUGGUCUCGCCCUCGACGCAGCCGACUGUGAGAUUGCUCUCCACCUAUCUAAAGGGCGUCUACCACCAGGGCAUCGGCAGCCUGCAAGCCGCCCUCGACAUCUUCCUCGACGACCGCUUCAAGGUCCAACAGCAGGGCAACACGGGAAUUAAAGCCGGGCAACAAGAGGUUGCGCUCCUUGCGGGCCUGAACCGGCUCUGGAUCAUGCAGCACCCGUCGUGUCGAAACGACCAGGAAACGCGGGACCUCAUCGAGCAGCUCCAGCCGCACUGCGCCAACCACAGCAACAUUGAUCUCCGGACGGCCUACCACAACGUCAUGGCGGCCCUCGUGACGGAACCGCCCCAGCAGCUCAACCAGCAAAAGCAGCACAUCCACGCCGCCAUGGCGGGCUCCAAGGUCACUAGCAAUGUGCUUGGAGCCGCCGUGACGCUGUGCAUCAUGCGCAGCCGCUUCUUCGAGAACGUCAUUGGCGAGCAGGCCCUCAAGAGCGCCCGGGCGGCGGCCAAGCAGGCGGAGAGGAGCGGCAACGUGCUGUGGCAGAGCGUGGCGGACGGCAUGCUGGCGCAGUCGUACGAGGUGCAGGGGCAGAGAGAGGAAGCCAAGCAGGAGUGGGAUAAGGCGACCGAGGAGGCGAGAGACGCGUUUGCCCGGAGCUUGUGA